CGUCCUUAUAACUCUUCGACUAAAGAAAUAAAAAUGGAUGACGAUGAACUAUACGAUGAGUUCGGAAAUCUUAUAGGUGAUCCAUUCGACUCGGACGCUGAAUCCUCCAGUGACGAAAGAGAGUCAAUUCAUAAUUCUAAAAGCGAUGAGGAACGAGAUGCUCAACACAAUGAAGAUGGCAUGGAAGUAGAUAGUUCUACAGCAUUGGUGAAAACAGAACCAAGUCAAGUGUCACUCUCUUUGAAAAACACUUUCCAACCGGGUGUGGAAACUAUAAUAGCAAAGCCAUAUGAAGAAGCAGCCGAUGAACCAGUUCUUCAGCCAAAGAUUAACAAGAAGAUCAAGGUUGACUUUACAGAUAAUAUGGACAAUGUGCAAUCUUUAGAUGAAAAGCUACAGGCCUUACCUACAUUGAACUAUUCUCGUCAAUACAUGGUUGACACAAUGAAACUUACGGAGAGAAUCAGGAAUGUUGCAAUAGUUGGAAAUUUGCACUCAGGUAAAACUACCUUUAUUGAUAACCUUGUUUUGGAUACACAUUCUCCUUCAAUCCAACAGGGUGUUAAUAUGAAAACUUUGAAGCCGUUACGCUUUAUGGAUAAUCAUAAAUUAGAAAUAUCUCGAGGUAUAUCUAUAAAAAGCUCGUCCAUAACUUUGCUCUUACCUGAUUCAAAAGACAAAUCGUAUGUUUUCAAUUUGAUCGACUCCCCGGGACAUCCUAAUUUCUCAGAUGAAGCUUCGGCUUCAAUUCAAGCAGCAGAUGGUAUUCUUUUGGUAAUUGACAUUUUGGAAGGAAUUACUCCGAGAGAUAAAGAAAUAGUAUCAGAAGCAUUGAGGAAUGACAUACCGAUUACCGUCUUACUUAACAAGAUUGAUAGAUUGAUACUUGAACUUAGGUUACCUCCUUUAGAUUCCUAUCAUAAAAUUCAAUACACUCUCGAUGCUCUUAAUUCUUUCAUAAACGAAAAUGAAUAUAGUGCAACAUAUUCAUGGUCGAAGAUAAUUUCCCCCAUCCACGAUAAUGUGAUAUUUGCAUCAUCAAAUCAGCGAUUCUCCUUCUCUAUAAGCACAUUCGCUCAGCUAUACAUCGAAAAUCACUCUUUGGGCCAUGUUGAUAAGGAAAAUUUCUCUAAACUUUUAUGGGCCUCUUAUUACAAUCCAGAAACAAAAAAGUUUUCUAAAACGUCUGAAAGUGGAAACCUUCCAAGGUCGUUCGUUCAUUUUAUUCUCGAGCCAAUAUAUAAGAUAUUCACUUAUACUUUGACAACUGACACAUCAGGUGAAUAUUUGUCUGAUCUUUUAUGGAACAAUUUUGGAAUUACGUUACCUAAAAGUCUGUUCAAACAAGACUCUCAGAUACUACUACGUGAAGUACUUCUGAAAGUUUUCCAAGGAUCAAAAGAUUUUGUUGAUGUCAUGAAGAAGAUUCCAUGUCCCGAAGAAGCUAAAAAGUAUAAACUAUCUAAUUAUACUAACGCUAGUAAUGAACAGUUAGUGGCACAUAUAAUAAACUUAACUGAAUCGGCAGAUGCUUCAAAAUUCUACGCUUUUGUCAGAGUCUACCUGGGAACUCUUAAAGUGGGUUCCAAAGUUAAAGUUCUCGGUAGAGGCUUUGAAAAUGACGAUGAAGAUUUUAAAGUUGAAAUCAUUGAUGAAAUUUAUAUCCCUGGAGGAAGGUAUAAAGUGCUUGUUGAAGAAGUAGGGCCUGGAUCUAUUGCAAUAGUUGGCGGAAUUGAUGCGAUAGUCACUAAAAGUGCUACAAUUUGUGAUUUGAGUCAAAAAGCUGAACAUGCUGUUUUAUUCAAGCCUUUGGACUAUUCGGAAAAAUCUGUUUUUAAAGUUUCUAUUGAACCUGAAAAUCCCUCUGAAUUACCUAAACUUCUUGAAGGUCUCAGGAAAGUCAAUAAAGCAUACUUGAGUGUUGUGAUAAAGGUGGAGGAAAGUGGUGAGCAUAUUUUACUAGCACCAGGUGAAUUGUAUUUAGACUGCGUUCUUCAUGAUUUGAGGGUGUUUUUCACUGAUGACUUGGAUAUUAAAGUUAGUGAUCCAGUAGCGAAGUUUAGUGAAACCUGUAUUGACACAUCUGUUACCAAAAUUUCUGUAAAAGCACCUUCUAAAAAAUAUCAAAUAUCGGUUAUUGCUGAGCCAAUGGAUACCAAUGUUGGAAAAGCUAUUGAAUCAGGAAAACUUAAUCUCUCGGACCCUAUUAAAACUACCUCAAAGAUUUUAAGAAAAGAGUUUGGUUGGGAUGCACUAGCUGCCAGGUCUGUUUGGAGCUUUGGGCCAUUUGACAAUAAGUACCCGAGCUUGUUGAUGGAUGAUACUCUUGAGGGCGAAACUGAUAAAGAGCUACUCUACUCUGUCAAAGACUUAAUAAAUACUGGUUUCAAACUUGGGAUAAAUGAAGGACCAUUGUGUGACGAACCAAUUCGAAAUACCAAGUUUAAAAUAUUAGACGCCGUAUUAAAUGGUUCCGAAAUAACUAAAGCUGGUAGUCAUCUUAUUCCCAUGACUAGAAAUGCAGUACAUACGGGUAUGCUUACUGCAACCCCUCGAUUACUUGAACCUAUUUACAGGGUAGAUGCUACGUGUAAACCGGUUGCACUUUCAGCCAUUAAAAGACUAUUGAGUGAUAGAAGAGGUGAUAUUGUGAAUAAGUCCGCUAUCCCAGGGACACAAUUGCUUCAAAUUGAAGGAUAUGUCCCAGUCGUCGAUUCAAUUGGUUUAGAGUCAGAUAUAAGGUUAUAUACUCAAGGUCAAGCGAUGUGCUUUUUGACUUUUGAAAAGUGGGACCUAGUUCCUGGUGAUCCUUUGGAUAAGGACUGUUAUCUUCCAUCCUUGAAACCUGUUCCGAACGAAUCGAUUGCUCGUGACUUUGUUAUGAAGACUAGAAGAAGAAAAGGUUUGAGUGGUGAACCUAAUUUGCAAAAAUACAUCGAUCCUGAGCUUUAUGGAAAGCUUAAGGACAGUGGUUUAGUUAAUUAA